AAAAAAAUUGGUGGCGAUCCAACAGUCAACGCAGAAGUACAAACUUUUUGUGAUGAUGUGUUGGAGUUUGGGAUGUAGCUGGUUGUGAAACGAUGUAGCUGAAUAUUUCAGUGCUGCUGGUGGGAAGUUUGACAGUAUGGGUGUGGUGUCCAUGUGUAAGUCAGCUGUUUACAGCCUGCUGACCGCAACAUGUAGCCUGUUGUGGCUUGCAAAACAGGCUGAUGCCUCUUACGGAGAUCGCUCUUAUGUGUUUCAGCGAUGCAUUUACAGCUGUGUGCAGCAUAACUGUACAAGUUCGCAGGCUCUUUCACAAUUCACAACUGCCCAACCCUGGCACCAGUGGGCACUCAGAUGGACAUGUGAGGACGAAUGUGGUUAUAUCUGUAUGUGGACCACAGUUGAUGCCUUCCAAAAGGAUGGUAUUGGAAUACCACACUUUUAUGGAAAGUGGCCAUUCAUCAGAUUGUUUGGAAUGCAAGAGCCUGCUUCAGUACUUUUUUCCAUACUAAAUGGGCUGUUCCACUUGCGCAUCCUGACAUACAGACGGCUGGUGCCAUCUUCAGUGCCUAUGUAUCAUGUAUGGCAGUGUGUUGCAGUGAUUUCAAUGCAUACAUGGUUUUGGUCAACAGUAUUUCAUGCCCGAGACACACCCUUAACAGAAAUGAUGGACUACUUCAGUGCCUUUUCCCUCGUCCUGUCCAACCUUUUCUGCCUGUGUUGUAGGGUCCUAGGUACAGAUCGUCCCCUCCGUCCAGCUCUAUGUGGUGUAGUACUACUGGGUUUGUUCAUCCAGCAUACCUACUACCUCAGUAUGAUCAAGUUUGACUAUGGUUACAACAUGAAGGUUAACGUGACUGUAGGUUCUGUAAACCUGGUGGGCUGGAUGAUAUGGUGUUGUUAUCACAAACAACGUUAUGUUUGGAAGUGUGCCACUGUCGUCGUUGGGCUCAACGUAUUCCUGGCCCUUGAACUGGGAGAGUUUUCGCCUGUGUUCUGGGUGUUUGAUGCUCACUCCCUCUGGCAUGCCAGUACAUUCCCUCUGUGUUAUCUUUGGUACAGUUUUCUCAUUGAUGAUGGCGUGUACCUAUCAAAUCUACAAACCAAGGACAAGAUUUGGUGAUUUGGGAUGGAUGUAUACACAUGGCCGAAAGAAAUACUACUGUUUGGACCAUGACACAUUCCAGAUACAGCCAAUGCUUAAUUGUUGAGCUUUGAUAACACCUCAUAAUUAUGAAUGAUAUAGACAGUGGUUACAAAAUACUCUUUGUGAUUUCAAGAUGGCUCACGAUGAAAAAAUCAACGAAAAAAGUGACUUUUAAAGUACCCAUGUCAAUUUCAAUGGCAAACGGUGGGUACAUUCUAUGAACUCAACUACAGGUAUUAAACUUUUUCGAGAAUACCUCAUUUUUGGCAUAAGGAAGUGAUAGUGAAGGUUCUUUCUUCAGCUUCAAGUAGAAGAUUUUCACAGUAACUACUACUUAUCAAUAGAGUGAUUUGUGAUUAUUUAGUCUUGUGAUAUGAUCAUGUGAUUCAGAUUUUAUUGGAAAAUGUUUGACAUUAGUACCAAAGUGCUGUUACCCAUAUCAUUGUAGGUAGUACUCAUCAUGUUAUACACUUUGUAUAUGCAUGUAAUAGUUUCAGGUAAAAAGCUAGAAGUCAUGUAGUUACUGUUAUAUAACAGAUUCAUGAAGAAGCGCAUCUUACUUUAUAAGAUGUCAACUUCCAUAAUUUGCAAG